GUUGUUUGAAACUUCCGGAUGAACAUAUGCUCCGAUCAUGGCUCGACCAGCUCUUCGCCUCAAAACCAUCUGCGUUAUACAGUCGCGGAACGGAAAAGUUGCCCCAGCGUUCGCAGACUCUUUGCAAUGCGCAUCUUGCUAAUGAAACUUCCGAGACCGUGGAUAGUGGAUGAAAAGAAAGAUGAUGGAUACACAGCACUACAUCUCGCAGCUCUCAACAACCAUGUGGAAGUUGCAGAACUGUUGGUCCACCAAGGACGUGCUAAUAUGGACUUACAAAAUGUAAAUCUCCAGACAGCACUGCAUCUUGCUGUCGAACGUCAACAUACCCAAAUAGUCCGGCUGUUGGUGCGUGAAGGUUCAAACCUAAAUAUACCAGAUAAAGAUGGGGACACACCUUUACAUGAAGCUCUGCGACACCACACACUGUCACAACUGCGACAGUUGCAGGAUGUUCAAGAUGUUGGAAAAUUGUUGAUGGGGCUUGGCAGUCAAGGAGCUGACAAAAAAUCAUCUGCGUCAAUAGCAUGCUUCCUUGCUGGCAAUGGAGCUGAUUUGACAAUCAAGAAUAAGAAAGGACAGACGCCGCUGGAUCUCUGUCCAGACCCAAAUCUUUGUAAAGCUCUUGCCAAGUGUCAUAAGGAUAAGGAUACCGACCAGAUUGAACCACGCCCUUCUGAUGGAAGCAACGGUGAUGACUGCGUAACACUGGAUGAAUGCUUGGUCUGUUCUGAUCUGAAGAGAGAUACACUCUUUAAGCCAUGUGGUCAUGUUGCAUGUUGCUCAGUUUGCUCCCCAAGAGUCAAAAAAUGCCUCGUGUGUCGGGAACCUGUCAUUGCCCGCAUUAAGAUUGAAGAGUGUGUAGUUUGUUCAGACAAGAAGGCAUCCGUGCUCUUCAAGCCUUGUUGCCACAUGUGUGCUUGUGAAGGUUGCGCAGCACUUAUGAAGAAAUGUGUUCAAUGUCGAGCACAGAUAGAUCACAUUGUGCCUUUUGUCAUAUGCUGUGGAGGUAUUGGAACCAUAUCUGACGUGCAACCUGAAUGUGAGGAGACUCAAAAUGCCACUUUAGCUACAGUUAUAGAGCCAGUUUCGCUGACAGGAGCACUCAUGAACAAUGGUAUCCGUGAUACAUCCAACUCAGACAUACAGAAACUUCAACAGCAGCUUCAGGAUAUCAAGGAACAGACCAUGUGCCCAGUAUGCUUGGAUCGUUUAAAAAACAUGAUAUUCCUCUGUGGUCAUGGUACAUGUCAAAUGUGUGGUGACCGCAUGUCAGAAUGUCCAAUUUGCCGUAAACAGGUUGAGAAACGGAUUCUGCUGUAUUGAAAAUCACAUCACAGUUCAAGCCAGUAACUGCAGUAUAUGGUAAUUUAGUUAUUAAACUACAUCUAACAGGAAAGAGAAGACCAUCACUUGCAUAGUAUGUAGAUCCUUGCAUUUAUUUACUUCUCGGCAUGCAGCAAGAUAUGUUUGUGGUGUAUGUUCCAACCAACAUAUGAGUCUCAACUUAGGAAAAAAAAGGAAAGAAGAUAAAAAAAAAGGGAAUCUGUUGAAGGGUCCCCAGACAAUAACA